AUGUCAACUCUCACUCACUACAAAAUCAUCAGGCCGCUUGGAAGUGGAUCCUUUGCAAAAGUAGUGCGUAAUUUUCACUCAGUCGCUGAGCACAAUAUAACCAAACAGAAAGUUGCUAUAAAAAUAAUCAAGCGCAAUAAAGUGCAAGAUGAGAACAGUCUUCGCAAAAUUGAAAGAGAAAUUAAAAUCCUUCAAGGCUUCCAUCACCCUCAUAUAAUACGACUGUAUUUUCUAAUUAGUUAUGAAUUCAUAGAAACUGAACGCGAAAUAUUACUAGUUAUGGAAUACGUCCCAGGAGGAGAGCUCUACAGCUUAAUUGAAAGAAAUGGCAGAAUCCCUGAAAAGCAAGCCAGAGAAUAUUUCCAGCAAGUAAUAUCAGCUUUAUCAUACUGCCAUGAGCGUAAAGUGGUUCAUAGAGAUAUUAAGCCAGAAAAUAUCCUAAUUGACGAACAAUCUUUUUUAAAGCUCGGAGAUUUUGGACUGUCAAAUUUUAUAAGAGACGGAAUUUUCCUUAAAACUUCGUGUGGAUCACCUAAUUAUGCAGCCCCAGAAAUCAUAUCUGGAGAACAAUACUGUGGGCCACAAGUCGAUGUCUGGAGCGUUGGAGUUUUAUUAUACACUUUGUUGGCCGCAUAUCUGCCUUUUGAUGAAAACAAUAUUCCAGCUCUUUUUGCAAAAAUUAAAGGUAAAAAAUAUACAGCUGGGAGAUUUAAUGUCCCUCAUUAUUUUUCUGUAGGGGCAAGAGAUUUAAUUAGAAGGAUGCUGAACACUGAUCCGGUAUCAAGAAUUACGAUAAAACAGAUAAUGGAGCAUCCAUGGUAUAAAGCAAAUAUUCCAUUGCAUUUGAAAUAUACUGAAGCUAUUGUAGAUCAUGACAGAAUUGUAGACUGUUUAGGAGCUUUACAAGCUAACAGAAGUCGAAAAGAAAUUUUUGAAGAAAUCUUUAAUAAGUGUUUAGAGUUUCCAGAAUUUCAAGGACUUCAAAAAGAACAGCUUAAACAACAAGUUUUAGCAAAAAAGCAAGACUCUUUUACAGUCAAGUUAAAGAUAAAGUUAAAAUAGCAUUAUUGAGAGGCUCCCAGCAUCGCCGCGUGAGCAGUGAAUUCUUCCACUUUCGUCCGAUCUAGACAGAGCUUGCAGCUUUGGACUUACCGCCAGAAAUCGCACUGGGUAAUUGCCCAAUUUUUCAAAAAUGCUUUCCCUUUCCAACUCCGAAGGACUGCUCCACUCGAGAUAAAACUCUGAUCUGGAUAUGAGCAUGCAACCGCCAAACCUGACAUUGCGCUUUACCAAAACAGGCAAAUCCUGCGGAUGCACAUUUCGAUAGCUGUACUUCCUUUCAUAAGGUCCUCGGGUUGCCUCAGCUGCAGGGUUUAGGAGAGAAGGUUGGAUUGCCAUGCCAUUUUAAUGUAUACACUUUUACAGUUAAUAAUUAAUAUGGUGGUGGCGACAAAAAUAUAUCCUUAUCAAUAAUGUAUCACUUUGGGCGCUAAAAUGGCUUUAUGACGUAAGCAAAGGCUCAGGCCCUUUGAUUUUAAUCUAAGCACGCUGUAUAGCUGUUGUAUGGGGUAGGUGGCUUUGGGAAUCAGCUGAUGGUCAUUUCAGUCCAAAUAUUGAUGUCCUUUUUUCCUAGGUGUCACCCUUCCUUAAGUUGGCCGAGAUUGGUAUUGUGCUAACCUUUACCUCCAUAGGACCAUAAGACAUACAGUGCAGAGGGGUCUUCCUAAUCCAUCGAAACUCAGGGACGUAGUGCAAGCCCUACUCCUAGGAUAAGACUGCUAUUGAUGGGGCUUGGGUAACCAAUGCUACCCUAGUAAGCAAGUGUCCGGCGGUCGCAAGCAUGCGGAAGCAUCAAGACUCUUAAUUUAAUUAAAUUUACAGUCACUUAUCAUAUUCUUUUAGACUCUACUUUAAAAGUCAAAAGAAAACUCCUUAACCAAAGCGAAAUCAAUGUGGAGCCAAUUUUUCAGAAAAAAGUUGGAAUUUUUAUGAUCCCAGAUGACGAAACUAUUGUCAGCUCUGAUUGUACUUCGUCCACUGAAUCAGAAAAAAGCAACCACCCAAUGCCUCACAACUGGGUUUUUGGCUUUCGAUGUGCAAUUUCUGCGAUAAGACUGGUAAUUCAUCUUUUCGAGUCUUUGAAAUCUCUGAAUAUGGAAUGGAAAUUUUUGUCUGAAUUUGAGAUUCGGGUAAGGUCAGUUGGGUUUGAGGAGCAAAAAGUAGGUGAAGAUUUACCGAAAUAUGUAGGAAAAGGAGUAAAAUUUGAUAUAAAAAUAUACAAGGUAAAAUAUAUUUAGUUCAAUGAGAGCUUUAUAUUGGAUAUUAAGAAGGUAGAUGGGAUGGAGAUGGUUUAUCUUGAUACGUGUGCGUCGCUUUAUAAAAAAUUGAAUGGAAGUGUGCCGAUUGUGCGAAAGAGGUCUAUAGAUAUAUAUUAA